AUGGUACAGCUUCGUCUUCUCUCAGCAGGCUCAAACGCCCAAGGCCAACUCGGCACGGGCAACGAUGACGACGCACACACGUUCACGCCUUGCAUUUUCUCAGGUUACCCUCCUGGAUCGUUGCCCGACGACGCUAUCACCAUCUCGAAUAUCGCAUGCGGCUCUAACCAUACGCUCGCAUUGCUCGUGCACGAGGACGGUGCAUCCUUAUGGGGAUCUGGCGAUGGGCGCAAAGGGCAGCUGGGCCCGUCAGUCAACGCACCCACCACGUCCGUGUUCAGAUUGCUAGACUUGCAGCUGCAGAAGCAGGACGCGGCAUUGGAAGGAUAUGUACCGCGUAUGAUCGCAGCCGGGUGGGAAACGUCGUACGUCGUGUUAUCGUGCGCGGGUCGCAGCGACGUGCUGAUCUCGAUGGGUGCCAACGAGUACGGGAACCUUGGGAUCGGCGGCGUAGUCGAUAAAUCCGCUCCUCGCAAACCCUUCUACGUUGUGGACUUACAAAAACCCCUUGCUGAAGACGGUCUCGGCGACGGUCUGCUUACCAUUCGGAAUCUAGCGACCGGUCCACAACAUAUUAUCGUUCAAACGUCCUUCGCUACGCCAAAAGCGCCCUCAAGAUGGUGUCUCGUAGGCUGGGGGGCUGCUAGGCAUGGCCAACUUGGGACAUCCGAUGAGACGAAGCCACCGCUGUUCGUCUCUACUCCUCGUACGGUUCGUAUAUACGCUGUUGACGAUAUCACUUCCAUAUCACUCGGACAUCAGCACUCGAUUUUUCUCCACGCAUCUGGGCGGCUCUCUGGACUGGGAUCAGACCGUAAGACCCAGUUACGGGGUUUGGAGACGCUGACAGAUGUGCGACAUACUUCAUGCACUUGGAACGGGUCUUAUGCCGUGGUAGAAGAGGAAUCAGACUAUCGUAUCAUGGCUACAGGCAGCCAUGCGAAAGGCCAGCUAGGGAGGAAAGACCUGAGCAACGCGACUGCACCUGGAUCAGUAUACCUGCCAUUCUCAGCUGAUACCCGCCAACUGCUCAAGCUAGCUUGCGGUAGUGAGCAUGUCCUUGGUUUAUUCAAGCACAACCACUGUGAUGGCGUUUCGAGCGGACAGACUGAAGUAUGGGGCUGGGGCUGGAACGAACACGGUAACCUAGGGACUGGGACAACAGAGGACGUCAGAUUCCCCAUGCGUGUAUGGCCUUGCGAUCAGACGGAGUGCGCAGUCAGUGUCUGGUGUGGGAAUGGCACCAGCUGGAUCCUUCUCAAGCGGUAG